GAUGCAGUGGACCUGCCUAUUGCUAUGUGUUGCUUCGAUAUGGUUCACAAAUAAGUACUUAGCAGCGUCUAUGCUGAUGGGUGGUGUAGCGACAUCUAGACUUGGGUUGUGGAUGUUUGAUUUAGCUGUCAUACAACAAAUGCAGGAUCUUGUUCCAGAAACGGAACGUUGCAUUGUGGGAGGUGUUCAGAACUCACUUCAGUCUAGUAUGGAUUUGCUGGCUUAUGUCAUGGGAAUAAUAAUCUCGAAACCACAGGAUUUCUGGAAGCUGAAUUUGAUGUCUUGUUUAGCAGUAACGAUUGCUGCGGUGCUCUACACUUACCAUCUGUUCAGAGUUAGGAAGCAUCUUUUCCACUUUGAGAAGCUGUGGUUGUUGAAUCGGCUAUUUGU